GAGGGAUGGAGAAGUCGGGAGGCAGAGGACACACCUCGAUUCAUUGCCAAGAAGGGGAGAGCGGCUCCGGUAUGGGACACCAGUCAGUGCUAAGGCUCCAGUUUGACGCCAGGAACCGAGGGAACCGCCUGCGAGCACUUUCUUUCCGGCUCCCGGCCCAGCAGGGCCACUUCCGGGAGAGGGCGGGGAGAUUUGAAAAGAAGUGCGGGGAAGGAGGCCUUUUGCACUGCACCGGGCGGAAGUGUGCCAAAGGUAUCCGGAUUGCCGCUUCCGGUCCGGGUUAACGCGGUUUAGCUACCCUGCGUGGGGUGUGUGUGUGGUGCUGGGCCGGACUUCUGGGGGCCAAUCGUGGGUGGAAGAGGCGAGCACCGGCUUCAGGACUCAGGAGUGGGGAAUCUCAUGGGAGGAUCGGAGAAAGGGCCAGGAACCUGAAUACGACCUAACCUCUGUUUCCGAGGGGCAACUUCCACCGGGAACCCCUCUGCCCUGAUAACGGCCAAAGAAGAGAUGGCGCCAGUCGGGGAGCGGCUGUGGCCGACACAGUAAGGAAGGGCGAAGGCGGAGCAACCGGAGGAGCCUUGGACAAGAGCGAGAGCCGUCACUGCCGCCGCCGCCGCCGCCGCCGCCAUGGAAGGAGCCAAGCCGACCCUGCAGCUCGUGUACCAGGCCGUGCAGGCGCUUUACCACGACCCGGAUCCCAGCGGAAAGGAGCGCGCCUCGUUUUGGCUUGGGGAGCUGCAGCGUUCGCCUCUUUGAAAUGUGCUGUUUAGUGGGAGCUGCAGCUUCCUCCUGCUGACUCUGAGCCCCAGGCUUCGGUUGAGAUGGUCCUUUCAGAAAUGUGGAGCUUAGUCCAAGCCUGGAUUUCAGUGGUAGCACCUGGCAUCUGUGGCUAGAAAGUCCUAUGAAGUGUUCAUGCAUGGGAGAUUUCAGACCAGUUGUUACAGAUUCGACAGGAUGUAGAAUCAUGCUAUUUUGCUGCACAGACCAUGAAAAUGAAGAUUCAGACCUCAUUUUAUGAGCUUCCCACAGACUCUCAUGCCUCUUUACGGGACUCAUUACUAACCCAUAUCCAGAACUUGAAAGACUUGUCACCUGUCAUUGUAACACAGCUGGCUUUAGCAAUAGCAGACCUUGCCCUACAGAUGCCUUCAUGGAAGGGGUGUGUACAAACAUUGGUGGAAAAAUAUAGCAAUGAUGUAACUUCUCUGCCUUUUCUGCUGGAGAUCCUUACAGUGUUACCUGAAGAAGUACAUAGUCGUUCGUUACGAAUUGGAGCUAAUCGACGCACAGAAAUUAUAGAAGAUUUGGCCUUCUACUCUAGUACAGUGGUAUCUCUAUUGAUGACCUGUGUAGAAAAAGCAGGAACAGAUGAAAAAAUGCUCAUGAAGGUCUUUCGAUGUUUGGGAAGUUGGUUUAACCUAGGCGUUUUAGACAGUAACUUCAUGGCUAACAAUAAGUUACUAGCACUCCUUUUUGAGGUUUUGCAACAGGAUAAGACCUCAUCCAACCUACAUGAAGCUGCUUCAGAUUGUGUGUGCUCAGCUCUCUAUGCCAUUGAGAAUGUGGAGACUAACUUGCCAUUAGCCAUGCAACUGUUUCAAGGAGUCCUGACAUUGGAGACUGCCUAUCAUAUGGCUGUGGCACGCGAAGAUUUAGAUAAAGUUCUGAAUUACUGUCGGAUUUUUACUGAACUAUGUGAAACUUUUCUUGAAAAAAUUGUUUGUACUCCAGGCCAAGGUCUUGGGGAUCUGCGAACUCUAGAACUGCUUCUUAUUUGUGCAGGACAUCCUCAAUAUGAGGUAGUAGAAAUUUCCUUUAACUUUUGGUACCGACUAGGGGAGCAUUUGUACAAAACUAACGACGAAGUUAUUCAUGGCAUCUUCAAAGCUUACAUUCAGAGGCUACUUCAUGCCUUGGCUCGACACUGCCAGCUAGAACCAGACCAUGAGGGGGUUCCUGAGGAAACUGAUGACUUUGGGGAGUUUCGAAUGAGGGUAUCAGACCUGGUGAAAGACUUGAUUUUCCUGAUUGGGUCUAUGGAGUGUUUUGCUCAGUUAUAUUCUACUCUGAAAGAAGGCAACCCACCCUGGGAGGUGACAGAAGCGGUUCUCUUUAUCAUGGCUGCUAUAGCAAAGAGUGUUGAUCCGGAGAACAAUCCAACGCUUGUAGAGGUCCUAGAAGGAGUUGUCCGUCUCCCAGAGACUGUACAUACAGCUGUGCGAUACACCAGCAUUGAAUUGGUUGGAGAAAUGAGCGAAGUGGUUGAUCGAAAUCCUCAUUUCCUUGACCCUGUAUUGGGCUAUUUGAUGAAAGGCCUGUGUGAAAAGCCUCUGGCUUCUGCUGCAGCCAAAGCCAUUCAUAACAUUUGUUCUGUCUGCCGAGACCACAUGGCUCAGCACUUUAAUGGACUUCUGGAGAUUGCCCGUUCCCUCGAUUCCUUCAUGUUGUCUCCAGAAGCUGCUGUGGGCUUGUUGAAAGGGACAGCACUUGUGCUAGCCAGAUUACCGCUGGAGAAGAUUACUCAAUGUCUUAGUGAGCUAUGUUCUGUUCAGGUUAUGUCAUUGAAAAAGCUGUUGUCUCAGGAGCCCAGCAAUGGUAUAUCCUCAGAUCCCACUGUGUUCUUAGAUCGUCUUGCAGUAAUAUUUAGACACACCAAUCCCAUUGUGGAAAAUGGACAGACUCAUCCGUGCCAAAAAGUCAUACAAGAACUCUUUCUUUCUUAUGUUUUUUCACUUUUGAUUCAGAUAUGGCCAGUUUUAUCUGAGACUUUAAAUAAGCAUCGGGCUGAUAAUCGGAUUGUAGAACGUUGUUGCAGAUGCCUUCGCUUUGCUGUUCGCUGUGUAGGCAAAGGAUCUGCAGCCCUGCUGCAGCCACUAGUCACACAGAUGGUGAGUGUGUACCAUGUACAUCAGCAUUCCUGUUUCCUGUACCUUGGCAGUAUCCUUGUGGAUGAGUAUGGCAUGGAAGAGGGCUGUCGGCAGGGAUUACUAGACAUGCUUCAGGCACUGUGCAUCCCCACCUUUCAACUCCUAGAACAGCAAAAUGGGCUCCAGAAUCACCCUGACACCGUGGAUGACCUGUUCAGGCUAGCCACCAGGUUUAUUCAGCGUAGCCCUGUUACCUUGCUGAGGAGCCAGGUGGUCAUCCCUAUCUUACAGUGGGCCAUUGCCUCUACUACCCUGGACCACCGGGAUGCCAACUGUAGUGUCAUGAGGUUCCUACGAGACCUCAUCCACACAGGGGUAGCCAAUGAUCAUGAAGAGGACUUUGAAUUACGGAAAGAAUUGAUUGGACAGGUGAUGAAUCAGCUGGGACAGCAGCUUGUAAGCCAGCUGCUCCACACCUGCUGCUUUUGUCUCCCUCCCUACACCUUACCAGAUGUGGCCGAAGUGCUCUGGGAGAUCAUGCAGGUUGACAGGCCGACUUUUUGUCGAUGGUUAGAGAAUUCCUUGAAAGGUUUGCCAAAGGAAACAACUGUGGGAGCUGUCACAGUGACACACAAACAACUAACAGAUUUCCACAAACAAGUCACUAGUGCUGAGGAAUGUAAACAAGUUUGCUGGGCCUUGCGAGAUUUUACCAGGUUGUUUCGAUAGUUUACACUCCUGCACUGUGCCUGUCACCCAGGAAUGUCUUUUUUAAUUAGAAGACAAGAAGAAAAUAAAAACCAGACUGUGUCCCACAAUCAGAAACCUCCAUUAUGGCAGAGGGGCCUUUACCGCCACCAGGCGUUCCACCAGACAGGGAGAAACUCCAGCCCUCUGAGGCCAUCCUGAGGAGUUCCUGUUUGGGGAUGUGAGGGAAAGUCAGCACCGUUUCUAAAAAGAUGGCUGCAGCCUGUCUUGCAAGGUGGGAGGGGAGCUGGUUUCCUGGUGAACUUGUUUCUAAAAGGAAAAAUAAUUUUUAAGGAAAUAAAAAAGGAAAACUAAACUGAAACCAGAACUGAAACAUCCUCCUGGUAGCAUAUGACACUCACACAUACAUACACGUACCUACACACAUGCUACUACGCAUGUGCAUAUACAGAAAAAUAAAGGUACAAACUUUCUGUGAAACAAAAAUGGUUACUUGGGGAAAAUGGGAAUUUGAAUGAAUUAUAUAGCUGCAAUUGGAAAAAAAGGGUCAGGAUCAUCUCUUAAGGUUUUUUAUUGUUUUGUCUGCUUUUUCUCUCUCCCAUCCCUUCUUUCUCAUUUCCCCUUCUCUUUUAAUGAAAGUGAAUAGAAAUUUUUUUUCCAUCCUUCCCAACCAUUGCUUACCACCUUUAUAGAGUUGUUAGGACAGAGAGCAGUAAGCAAAGAGCCUUUUCUAUUUUAUAUCAUGGUCACAUUGGUGAUUCUAGGACCUGCCAGGGCCAAAUUCAUGUAUAUCCCAACUCACUAACUCCACUUCCAAUCCACAUUGGGUUAUCAUCAGCCAUGAAGAAAAGAGCCAAAAUUGGGGUGAGUGGGUUAUAAGUGUAUAUUCUAAGUUUUAGUUUAUUUUUGUUUUGUUUGUUUUUUGUUUGUUGUUAGUUAAUGUUUCACCCAUAGACAUGAGAACACAAAAGGGUGGGAAUAUGGAAAAAAGCGUUUAUAGGGCUGAACUGUAUUUUACUAAAAAAUGUGGAACUUAUUUGACUUCAUGGGGAUGAGGUAGGAGCAGGAAGCCCAAAGCAGGUUGUAAUGUUGUAAAGGAGUUGAAGCCCCACACAGGCAUUACAUACAAGGACACUGUUCUGUCUGGUGUUGUAGCCAUCUCAAGAACAAAUCAGCAACAGAAAAGAAAAAGAAAAGAAAAAUAAAUUUUUAAAAUUUAA